AUGGCUCCAUUGAACACUGGAGAAAAGGUCAACCGCUAUGCCAAGGUGACCAAGGGUUACGUGCCACCGCCGCAGCCUGCAGUGCUUGUGCGCGUUGACGGCACAGGCGUGUGCAUUGACGGCCAUGCGCAUGCGUGGAAGAACCGCUACCCAAAGUCGCUCUGGGCCUUUGCCUGCGUCUGCCUGCCGUGCUGCAUCGGCCCGCUGUACUGCUGGUCGCAUCCGCAGCGUGAAUGCACAAAGUGCGGCAUUGUGAUACAGAGCCGCUAA